AUGUGGCUAAGAUGUGGCAUGUUCUGCUGCUCUGACCUACUGAUGGGCCGCGUGGCGCCGUCCAGCCAAUUCCUGGCAGCUGCAAUGGGCCUCUCUGUAGCAGCUCUGCUGAGCCUCUGGUAUGGGGUUUUCAAAUCCAGCGGCUUUACAGAUUUCGAGCAGCGAGAGCACUUUAGUCCUCCUCAAGACGUGAUCCGAUUGGUGCCUGCACCCUGGACAUCGCCGCCACCAAGUGGAUGGACACGCUUCGUCUGCUUCAGUGAUACGCAUGGCCAUCACUUUUCAAUUCCCAGUGAACACCUGCCCCCUGCCGAUGUUUUGCUACAUGCAGGAGACUUCAGCAAUACUGGAGAACUGGAGCAAGUUCGAUCCUUCAACAGGUGGCUGGAGGAUUAUCCAGCAAAGAGGAAAGUGCUGGUUGCAGGCAAUCACGACAUCACUUUCCAAGAGGAUUACUACGUAUCGCGUGGGGCUCAGCGGUUUCAUGGCGGCUUGCGCUACAAUUCCAGCCAAGCCAAGCGAUCCCUCACCUGUUGCACAUACUUGGAGGAUACGUCUGUCGAAGUGCAAGGCUACCGGAUUUAUGGGUCCCCCUGGCAGCCCGACAUUAAUGACUGGGCCUUCAACCUGCCGCGGGGUGAGGCACUGCAGAAGUGUUGGGCAGCCAUACCAUGGGAUACGGACAUCCUCGUGGUGCACGGCCCGCCAGCUGGAUAUGUGGACGUCACCCCGGUGGGGGGAAAGGGAGAUGUAGAUUUACUGACAGCCAUCCAGAGGCGCAGCAUCCCCGUUGUGGUGACUGGACACCUGCACAUGGGACACGGCACUGCCACGGAUGGAACCACUUUGUUCGUAAAUGCGGCCACUUGCACUGAGGAGUAUGCCCCCAUACAGCCGCCCAUAGUUUUCGACCUUGCGCCCGCGGCAGAACUGAGGCAAGGUACCAAACAAGUUGGGGAAAGGACGCCAUAA